AUGGCCCUUAGGCUUCAGAUUCUCAGAGGUCACUUCACCUACUCACUCUACGUCAACAUCUGCCGCUCGCUCUUUGAAAAGGACAAGUUGCUGUUUUCCUUUUGUCUCACUGUGAAUCUGCUGAUACAUGACAACGCGAUUAACAAAACAGAGUGGAGAUUUCUACUCACUGGUGGCAUUGGGCUGGAUAAUCCUUAUACCAACCCUUGCACAUGGCUUCCUCAAAAGUCCUGGGAUGAGAUUUGCCGACUAGAUGACUUACCUGCCUUUAAGACCAUUCGCAGGGAGUUUAUGCGCUUAAAGGAUGGAUGGAAAAAAGUAUAUGAUAGUAUGGAGCCACACCAUGAGAUGUUUCCAGAAGAUUGGGAAAAUAAAACAAACGACUUUCAAAGGAUGCUUAUUAUCCGUUGCUUGAGGCCAGACAAG